ACUUUCCGGCAGAUGGGAGUGGCCUGGGCUUGCAUCAGGACCAGCAGCAGGUGCGCCGGAGGCUCCGGGGAGCGCAGCAUCAUCUGUGUAGGGAGCAGUCGGGACAUGAAGUAGGGAUCAUCCCUGCACCCACAUACACGGCCAGCAUGGCGGACAUCAGCAGCCUCACACCCAGCUUCGAUAUGUCUCCGAUCGCGGCAGGAUUCAUCGGCGCUGCGAUCCUGGUUGUGUGCGUCUCCCUGACGCUGGUCAUCUGGACCUGCUGCCGCAGUCGGGCUGAGAAGAAGUAUAAGAACCCGCCGUACAAGUUCAUACACAUGUUGAAGGGCAUCAGUAUAUACCCCGAGACUCUCAGCAACAAGAAGAAAAACAUCCCACUGCGCAGAGACAGACAUCCUGCGGACGCUGACGUCGCCCGGGGAAACACAUUGCUGGAGAAUGCGGAGGCUGGGCUGAUGAGUUCCGAGAGAGGUCCCAACGGGCUGGCCACUGCCAUGAGCCAGCUACCGGUCACCAUGAGCUAUGGGGACGAGGUGAGCCCGAGCCAGAGCAUGACCUCCAGUGGGAGCAAGACCCCAUCCCCCUCCACUCCGGACGAGGAGCUGAUGCUGGGGACGCUGACGCUCUCUGUGGACUACAACUUCCCCAAGAAAGCUCUGGUGGUGACCAUACAAGAGGCCCAUGGCCUGCCGGUCAUGGACGAGCACUCCCAUGGAUCUGACCCUUACAUUAAGAUGACCAUCCUGCCCGACAAGAAGCAUCGGGUGAAGACUCGGGUCUUGCGGAAGACUCUCGAUCCCGUCUUUGACGAAACCUUCACCUUUUACGGCGUUCCGUACAGUCAGCUCCAGGAUUUAAUCCUCCACUUCCUAGUGUUGAGCUUUGACCGCUUUUCACGAGACGAUGUCAUCGGUGAAGUUAUGGUGCCGUUGGCCGGGGUGGAUCCCAGCACCGGUAAAGUGCAGUUAACCAGAGACAUUGUGAAAAGGAGCAUUCAGAAAUGUGUCAGCCGUGGAGAGCUGCAGGUCUCCCUGUCUUAUCAGCCAGUCGCACAACGGAUGACAGUCGUCGUACUGAAAGCCAAACACCUGCCAAGGAUGGACAUUACAGGCCUCUCAGGUAAUCCAUACGUCAAGGUGAAUGUCUAUUAUGGUCGGAAGCGGAUUGCAAAGAAGAAGACUCAUGUGAAAAAGUGCACUCUGAGCCCCGUCUUCAAUGAGUCCUUCAUCUACGACAUACCUACAGACCUGCUGCCCGACAUCAGCAUUGAGUUCCUUGUCAUCGACUUUGAUCGCACCACCAAGAACCAGGUGGUGGGCCGUCUCAUCCUAGGUGCACACAGCGUCACCGCCAACGGCAUUGAACAUUGGCGAGAGGUCUGUGAUAACCCCAGGAAGCUGAUAGCCAAGUGGCACAGCCUGACCGAGUACUAGCGGCUGCGGCUUAUCAGUAUGGGCAGUUUAGCAGGGUGACGGGUAACGCAGGUGAUAGCGGUGGCAUAAGGGUGUGCUGGAACCAGAAUGGCAUCUUUGUGUAAUCCUGUUUACCCCUCCAGUGACUGAGGCACAUUUGUGUAGCGUUCUCACUGGGGAGUAAACCUCGUUGUAGUGGUAGAUCAGAUCUUUUCUUUCCUAGGCAUUAGGUUCUUGCGAUGUUUUGCAGGACACUGUAACAUUUACUAACGAACCCCACCAGAGAAUACCGCUCUAAUUCUGUGUAUUCAUAUACAAACUAUAAUCUUUUGUUUGCAUGCCUCAGGCAGAUGCUGUUUGUCUCUCUGGAAGCCCUGUGCAUGUAAGUCCACAUCCCCAGUCUCUGGUGGUGGAGGUCCAUCACAGCAGGACCAUCCUGGUCUAGUGUGUGGCGAUCCCUGGAACGUGUCCAGCAGGGUAAUAGAACUAUGUCUGACUGUGUGUUGUCAUACGAUGGGAGAUGAUCGUACGCCGGGCACUUCCGCUCUUGCGGUCGGGAAUGUAAGCUCUUGGGCUCUGUGUCAAACAUAUAUAAUUACAAGUUCUUCUGGUUUCUUUCUGCUCCUCUGAGAUCGCCUUCAUAGUCCUAUUCUGACCCUUCCCCAUUGAUACCCAGCCCAGUGGUUUUAUGAGGCUUCUGCCCGCACCUCUGUCUCUGUGUAACACCCGUUUAUGUUGUGUUGUGAGAUUAUAUCUGGGGUCAGGUGGUAAGUCCCUCACCUCCGCUGCCACCAGGGUGACCUGAGGCCUGGAUAGAGUUGGGUCUCUGGAGGUAGAGUGUCACACAGGUAUGGGCUUUCUCAUCCCUACACUGUCACAAGUCGCCCUAUCACCGUGCCAGCCUGAAGGGGAGCCUCUAGCUAUGGAUAAUUAGCAGAAACCACAGAUGUCUGAUCCCUACAUACAAGAGCCAUACCUGAAACGCGUUGUAAUUCCCUCAUUGUCUCGUCUCUCCGUAUGUACUCCUGAAACAGGGCCAUCCCAGCCGUGUCACAUGACUGAUCUUAUAGAGGAGAGUGCUGUAGUAAAUAUCCUCUCCACACACACUUAGCAAUCAGACACGUGAGCCCUAUGCAUUGUGAUCAGAACCCACGCGUUUCGCUUCUCACUCAAAGGUGUUUUUUGUUUCUUUUUCUGGGACACACUUGCUGCCCUGGAAAUGCCGGGAGCCUGUGUUUAGUGCCAUGUGAUAGUUGCACAUUUACUUGUAGUCUAGUGGAUCCACCCACAGCUCUGCCGCUCUGUGCCUCGAUCAUAUAACGCGUUUCUACACCUGAAGCAGUGUUGUGAUUGGCUGAUCAGUCUGUCCAUACAUACCCAUGAAGCAGGCCCAGCCCAGUUGUGUCGCACAUGAGAGUGAUCCGUGAUCGGUUGUGUAGUAGUCAUUGAGUAUUUGAGGAUCACUCUGGUAGGAGGUGGCUGUACUUGUACCCUGACACUGGCCAUGAGAGGAGAUCAUGGGAUCAUCCCCGAUCCACACAUGACAUCACUGCGCACUUUCCUCCGCAGUCUCUGUACCUGCAUAUGGCUGUCUCCCUGUAACCUGAGCGCUCUAUCUCUGCGGUCUCUCUCUCUCUCUACUCUCAGCUCAUGUCACUCUGCACUCAUGUCCUCUCUCUUGUCUCCUGAAGUGUCAGUGUGCACUUACCCAAGAAUGUCUCUCUUCUCGUCUCUAUUAUUCAUCUCUGACCCCCUGUGGUAUGGAGAUAUGCUCUUCUAUCUCUGUACCCUUGUAUAGAGCUCCAUGCCCCCCAUACCCUGGUCUAGAGCUCCAUCCCCCCCUAUACCCUGGUCUAGAGCCCCAUAUCCUGGUCUUGAGCUCCAUCCCCCCCAUAUCCUGGUCUAGAGCUCCAUCCCCCCAUAACCUGGUCUAGAGCUCCAUACCCUGGUCUAGAGCUCCAUCCCUGCCCCAUACCCUGGUCUAAAACUCCACCCCCCCCCCCCCCCAUACCCUGGUCUAGAGCUCCAUACCCUGGUCUAGUGCUCCAUCACCCCCGUACCCUGGUCUAGCGCUCCCCCCCCAUACCCUGGUCUAGAGCUCCACCCCACCCCAUACCCUGGUCUAGAACUUCACCCCCCCCCCCCCAUACCCUGCUCUAGAGCUACAUCCCUCCACCAUACCCUGGUCUAGAACUUCACCCCCCCCCCCCCCCCCCCCCCCAUACCCUGGUCUAGAGCUCCAUACCCUUGUCUAGUGCUCCAUCACCCCCAUACCCUUGUCUAGCGCUCCCCCCCCAUACCCUGGUCUAGAGCUCCACCCCGCCCCAUACCCUGGUCUAGAGCUCCACCCCGCCCCAUACCCUGGUCUAGAGCUCCACCCCGCCCCAUACCCUGGUCUAGAGCUCCACCCCGACCCAUACCCUGGUCUAGAGCUCCACCCCGACCCAUACCCUGGUCUAGAGCUCCACUCCGCCCCAUACCCUGGGCUAGAGCUCCAUCUCCCCCAUACCCUGGGCUAGAGCUCCAUCUCCCCCAUACCCUGGUCUAGAGCUCCAUCCCCCCAUAUCCUGGUCUAGAGCUCCAUCCCCCCAUAACCUGGUCUAGAGCUCCAUACCCUGGUCUAGAGCUCCAUCCCUCCCCCAUACCCUGGUCUAAAACUCCACCCCCUCCCCCCCCCAUACCCUGGUCUAGAGCUCCAUACCCUGGUCUAGUGCUCCAUCACCCCCGUACCCUGGUCUAGCGCUCCAUCACCCCCGUACCCUGGUCUAGCGCUCCCCCGCCCCCCAUACCCUGGUCUAGAGCUCCACCCCGCCCCAUACCCUGGUCUAGAGCUCCACCCCGCCCCAUACCCUGGUCUAGAACUUCACCCCCCCCCCAUACCCUGGUCUAGAGCUACAUCCCUCCCCCAUACCCUGGUCUAGAGCUCCAUAACCCCCGUACCCUGGUCUAGAGCUCCAUUCCCCCCCCACACACACACACACCCUGGUCUAAAGCUCCAUCCCCGCCAUAUCCUGGUAUAAGGCUCUGCAACACACACCCAUACCCUGGUAUAAGGCUCUGCAACCCCCCCCCCCCCCCCCAUAUCCUGGUAUGAGGCUCCCAUAUCCUGGUACAAGAUUCUCAACCCCCGCCCAUACCCUGGUAUAAAGCUCUGCAAACUCCCCCCAAUAUAUCCUGGUGUAGGGCUCCGCCACCCCCCCAUACUCUAGUAUAUGGCUCUGACACCCCUCCCCCCAAACCCUGGUAUAAGGCUCAGAUCCCCCUGUACCCUGGUAGAAGGAUCCAUUCUGCCCGUGCCCUGGUAUAAUGCUGCAUUCCACCUGUACCCUGCUAUAUGGCUCAUUUACCAGUGUACCAUGGUGUAAGGGAGAAAUCUCCCCUUCCCCUGUUCCCUGGUAUAAGUCUCAGACACUGCUAUACCCUGGUAUAAGGCUCAGACACCGCUAUACCUUGGUAUAAGGCUCAGACACCGCUAUACCCAGGUAUAAGGCUCAGACACCGCUAUACCCUGGUAUAAGGCUCAGACACCGCUAUACCCUGGUAUAAGGCUCGCUCAGACACCGCUAUACCCUGGUAUAAGUCGCAGACACUGCUAUACCCUGGUAUAAGUCUCAGACCACCACUAUACCGUGGUAUAAGGCUCAGACCCCCCCCCCCCCCCCUUUCCAUGGUAUAAGGCUCAGAUCUCCCCUGUACUAUAGCAUAAGGCUCCGACUCCACUAUACCCUGGUAUAAGGCCCAGAUCCCCCCAUACCCUGGUAUAAGGCUCAGACCCUCCCGUACCCUGGUAUAAGGCUCAGACCCCCCAGUACCCUGGUAUAAGGCUCAGACCCCCCAGUACCCUGGUAUAAGGCCCAGAUCCCCCCGUACCCUGGUAUAAGGCUCAGACCCCACAAUACCCUGGUAUAAGGCCCAGACCCCCCAGUACCCUGGUAUAAGGCCCAGACCCCCCAGUACCCUGGUGUAAGGCCCAGACCCCCCAGUACCCUGGUAUAAGGCCCAGACCCCCCAGUACCCUGGUAUAAGGCCCAGACCCCCCAGUACCCUGGUAUAAGGCCCAGACCCCCCAGUACCCUGGUAUAAGGCCCAGACCCCACUAUACCCUGGUAUAAGGCCCAGACCCCACUAUACCCUGGUAUAAGGCUCAGACCCCCCUGUACCCUAGUAUAAGGCUUAGACCCCAUAAUACCUUGGUAUAAGGCUCAGACCCCACUGUACCCUGGUAUAAGGCUCAGACCCCACUGUACCCUGGUAUAAGUCCCAGACCCCACUAUACCCUGGUAUAAGGCUCAGACCCCCCUGUACCCUAGUAUAAGGCUUAGACCCCAUAAUACCUUGGUAUAAGGCUCAGACACCACUAUACCCUGGUAUAAGGCCCAGACCCCACUAUACCCUGGUAUAAGGCUCAGACCCCCCUGUACCCUAGUAUAAGGCUUAGACCCCAUAAUACCUUGGUAUAAGGCUCAGACCCCACUGUACCCUGGUAUAAGGCUCAGACCCCACUAUACCCUGGUAUAAGGCUCAGACCCCACUAUACCCUGGCAUGAGGCCCAGACCCCACUAUACCCUGGUAUAAGGCCCAGACCCCACUAUACCCUGGCAUGAGGCCCAGAUCACCUCUACAGUUCCCUGGUAUAAGGCUCGGACCUUCCCCUAUACUCUUGCAUAAGGCUCAUAGAUCUGCUGGAUGUGCGGCGUUAUGGCAGGACAAUAGGGAUGUCACUGACAUGUGAUCUGAUACAGUUCCCCCCGGCCUCCUCUCUCCUUGUCCAUUGUGAAGCCAUGAAUGAUUCCAGUCUGGGGCGUAAUGCGGAGGAGACCGUCCUCCAGUGCUUGGUGUAAGCUAGUAUCCCAUGUGAGGUUUCUCUCUUCUCCCCAUGUGAGGUCUGGUGAUCGUGUAGCUGACCUUGCGCUGUCCGUUCCCCUCACCUUGUGUCCUCACUAGUGAUAUACACGGUGUGUGCUCCUGCAUACAGCUCUGCGCUUACUUAAUACUCUGUAACGCUAUCUUCUAUCUUGGAUUUGUUAACACACAAAUAAAGAUUGAUUCACUUAAA